UUAGCUGUAACAGUAUUUUGACUGUCAUUAGGUAGGGUUGCAAUUGUUUAAUGACCUCUUUUCUGUUAACACCUGGAUUAGAUUAGGCUUAAAUACACAGUAGAUUGUGAUGCAAUCAUUUAAUGCACAGACUGGAGCUAGAUUGUGAUGCAAUCGGAUUAUGUAACACAAACUGUGAUAUUGAUCUGGGAAAAUAAACAAAACUGUUGAUGAUAAGGUCGCAGAGAGUGAAUUAAUGGAAUAUUUGUAAUACAAGAUAACAUUUGAUUCAUUUUUCGUAUAAAAUUUCGAGGAAAUCAGCUUUUGUGCUUUAAAUAGUGGCAACUUGAAUUGUUAAAAGAGAAUUUUAACUAUAUUAAUUCAUAAUUUGGAAAUAAGAAUAUAGUGUCUGACCAAUACGUGGAAAAUUCGUCAAGGGAAUAAACGAUCGAUUAAUGGCACCAAUUUGAACCCAAAACCACUCAUUAUUCAUUGGUGUAAAGUUAUGAAGAUAAAAGCUACAGAUGAGAGAUUAACUAACAAUUAAGAGAUGCCAUUUAGAAUUCGUACUUCAAAGUUCAGACACGUGUAUGGAAAUCCUGCCAAAAAAGAAGAAUGUUACGAGAACGUAAAAAUAACUAAGAGUACACAUGACAGUAAUUUUUGUGCCGUAAACCCUAAAUUUUUGUGUGUUGUCCCCGAUACAGGUGGAGGUGGAUCGUUUAUAUGUCUCCCCCUUAAACAGACUGGUAGAGUAGAGUUUAGUGUUCCUAGAGUAUGUGGUCAUUCUGGAGCAGUAUUAGACAUAAAAUGGAGUCCAUUUAGUGAUAAUAUCAUAGCAUCAUCAUCAGAAGACAGCACAGUAAAAAUAUGGCAAAUUCCAGAUAACCUUAAUAAAAAUUUAUCAGAAUGGCAAGUGGAUCUUCACGGCCAUCAUCGGAGAGUUGGGUAUAUAGAAUGGCACCCAACAGCAGAGAAUGUCAUUCUCAGUGCUGGCUUUGAUCAUAAGUGUAUAUUAUGGAAUGUAGAGCAGGCAGAACCCAUCAGUGUGAUCUCAGAACAUCCAGACAGUAUUUAUUCCAUAUCAUGGAACACAGACGGUAGCUUAUUCUGUACUACAUGUAAAGAUAAACAGAUCAGAGUUCUUGAUCCCAGAACAGGAAGUGUUGCCAUGGAAUGUCAAGGCCAUGAUGGAAACCGAUCGUCUAAAUCAGUAUUUGUAGAUAAUAAUAGAAUAUUUACAUGUGGUAUGACCAGAUCCAGUAGUAGAGAACUGGCUGUCUGGGAUAUUAGGAAAUUCAACAAGUCAUUAUUCAACAACACUAUAGACACAUCUAAUGGUAUUCUGUUACCAUAUUACGACAGGGACAAUAGAGUCAUGUAUUUAGCAGGCAAAGGCGAUAGCAAUAUACGAUAUUACGAAAUUGAUGACCAAUCAAAUUGUUAUUUCCUUAACGCCUUCAUGUCUUCAUACCCACAGCGAAGUUUAGGUGUGAUGCCAAAGAGAGGCUGUGAUACGAGUAGAUGUGAAGUAAUGCGAUUUUAUAAACUACACUCAGGCAAGGAUGUUAUAGAGCCGAUAUCAAUGAUAGUCCCAAGAAAGGUUUCCUCUCAGUUUCACAGUGAUAUUUAUCCCAAUACAUCCAGUAUGUUACCUUCACUAACAGCUGAUGAAUGGAUAGCAGGUCAAAACAGGGAACCAGUUAUGGUGUCAAUGUUGGAUGGUCAUGUGACUAAUUGUCCCAAGACGACAUCAUCAACCGCCAUACAGAAUCAACAGAACGACAUCAUUCAUCAGGCUCCAACCAUUACCACGUAUAAAACUGUCAACAAGCAGGGCAUGCCUCCACGGGCAAAUACGAUAGAUGUACCGAGGAGGACAGAAAAACGACCUGCAUCAUUACAGAACCUGAAGAGACUCAGUACUAAUGAAGAUUACGUAUCUUACAGUGCUGUCAGUGAAGCUUCUGAGAACCACAUAAAUAAAAAUGGUAUGACUAAUGGCCACAAGGAAGAAAAGAAAGUAACAAAGAGAGGCUGGUCCCCUAUUUCGCCAACAAAAGAUGCAAUGACUAAUGGAUUUACUGGUUCCGAACCUGAGAAGAAAAGGGAGAUAACUGUACAAACUAAUGUUCAGAAAAGGGAGAUAACCACAAAAACUAAAACUAAGAAAAGAGAAAUAGUGAAAUUUCAUGUCAAGAAAGUCUGGUCAACUCCGCCUCCUUCUGCUCUUCCCUGUCAAUCACCACUUAAUGAUGUGGAGUUACAGAAAGCUUAUUUCCAACAAUCAGAAGAAAUCAAGAGUUUAAAAGAACAAGUGAAAUUAAAAGACAAAAGAAUCAGACAAUUAGAGGAUGAAUUAAAAAUAUUACGGACUCCGUCAGACUGUGGUCCUGGUCAAAGCGACUGCUGACCUCUAACCCCAAAAAGUGCAAAGGUCAUGGUCAGAGUGACUGCAGACCGCUGACACAAUUAUGAUCUUAAAGUGCAAAGGUCAUUUAAUCAUGGGCUUACUGCAAGAAUCAUUUUCAUUCCCCUUGUAUGCAGAUAUUUUGAUGAAGAAUGCACAAAUGCAGGAGAGUCAAGGACGGGAUUUUAAAGCUCACUUGACCCCAGAGCCAAUGUUGGACAUUGUCAAAGCUUUGAGUUGAAACCUGUUCUCCGUUAUCAUCAGAUAUCCAUUCGAUAUAAACUCUUUAUACCCACACUUCAUAAUCUUAUGUGAGAGAAAAAAUUGAAAAGUUUUUGAACACCUGGCUGUAAGAGCUAUUUCUUCAAUCUGAUUACCUAUUCUAAAUAUUUAAAUCUAAAGAACUGGUGAUGGAGAAUUGGAUUUCUUUAAUGGGCUUUUUAAUUUAUUGUUAGAUCUAAAAGCAAUGGUCAUCAAUAUACAGUUGAGUCUAUUAUGAAAAAAGGUAGAGUCCAUGUAAUUGUAUUUAGUUAAAACCUGGUCAUCACAUUUUGUUUGUACACUUAGAUACAGAAAAAUGUUUCUAUGUGUAUUUAUGUAACAACAUAUAAUAUACAAAAUUGAACCUAUACAUUAUAUGUUAUCGCCAAAAAAUGAUACCCAAAUCCUUUUAAAAAUGCUUGUAAGAAUUUUUCAAGAACAUUUCUUCUUUUUUUGUUUUAAGAAAAAAAAUGUUGUGGUAUUUUUCAGAAUCUUUUUAAAUGGUUGUAGAAUUUUUUCUUUAAUAAGUUCUGUGAUUUUCUUACAAAAUUAUUAUAAUGAGGAAUUAUGUGAUUAAUAAGACAAACUGAACCAAAAAAAAUGCUCUGCUAAAUAAAUGUGGGGAAAAGAAAGAUAACUCUGGUUGUGAUUAAAAACUUCAAAAAAUGUAUGAAAUAUUUUGUUGUUUAAUGUUUGUUUCUCUCAGGCUUAUUAUUGUUUUAAAAGUUGCUUGUUAUUUUUAUAAUUUUCUAAAUUCCCAAUAUUUUGUUUUAAUUUAUUUUUUAUAUAACCUUUUUUUCUGUUUUAUUAUGUAUGUUGUCUUUUAACAUGAAUUUCAUUUUAAAUACUUUUUUUUAAAAGCACCCAAGUGUGGAUUACUAGUCAUAAUAUGUUUUAACAAACAUUUAGUGCUUAUUUUUAAAUUGAACCUUAGAAGAAAACUUCAGAUCUGAGCUUAUUUUAUGAAAACAUUUUAUUUUAUGUUUAUUUUUUCUUUUAAAAGUGCAAAGAUUCUGAAAUAGAUCUACAUAACAUAGAUUCUACGUGUAUACUCCGAUAAUUAAUCAAUUUACAAAAUCAUCUGUUCAUGUGAAGUGCAAGGUUUAAAUAUGAUAUGGACAAAGGAAGAUAACUCCAAAUCAAUCAUUGGCUAAAUGUGUAUUGCAAAUUUUAAUGUUAAGUCCUCAUCCAGAUGUAAGCAAUAUUUAUCCUUCAGUGAUCCUUUUGUUACUGAUUCAAUGUGCUAAUCAUUGCUUCAUGAAUUCUGUGAAUUUAUCAUGGCUGUUUGACAAGAAUGCUGAGAAUUUUAUGAAUUGAACCACUGUUCAUUGUUUUUCAAAAUGGUGUUAGAAAAAACGUUUUUAAAUCCAAUUGGAACUGCUUAUACUAUAAGUAUAUAUAAUUCAAAGUUUUUGUUUUAACAUUUGACUGUUACUUUUAUUUUGUUUGUAAUGUCUUAUUUCAUUGGUGGGCAUUGUGGUAACCAAAAGUGUAUUCAUAUAUAAAUCUGUUAAAUGACACCAUAGGAUGAAUCUGACAGAGGAAAAAUUAUAGUUCCCAUGAAUGUUAAUGGAAGUUUUGAUCUAGAGAAAAUUUGAUUUGAAUUUUGAUUGUAUAAUUUCAAGUACAUUUUAUUGAAACGAUCUGUCAUAAAGGUUCUUUAUCUGUUAUUUUUUUUGUUUUGUCCUUUGUUUAAAUCUUUUUACCUUAAUUGCAAAACUAUGUAUUUCAAACUGCCGAAAAUUUUAUUAUGAUCAAUAUUUUGAGCAAAAGAAUAUUCCAUACCUGCCAACUGUCACUAAUGUCGGGGAUUUCCCCAUGGAGGCUCCAAAAUGGAAAUUUUGAAAGAGCAAUUUUGUCCACAAUUUCAAACAAAACAAUUAAUUUUACAAUGGCUAAGGGUUUUUAAAAGUAUGAAGAAGCCAAAAAACAACAUUAGAAUAUAUUUGAAGGCCCCCUUGAAGGUUUUGUAGGACUUUGGGAGUCAUUUUGCACACAACACCCCCAUGGGCAUUUUAAAAAAUUGGCAGGUAUUCUCUAGCUAACAAAAUAUGCUGUUAUUGUAAUCAAUAAAUUGAACAAAACAUGUUCAUGUGUAUUCUCAAAUAAUGCAACUAUUACACAUAAUAUGAAAAAGUGAAAAUAUUAUGUUAUGAAAUCUACAUUAUAAUUUAUACUUAAACAAUUCCUGUUUUCACAUGAUAUAAUAGAUCUGGUAUUUCUGUUUUUUUUAUAAAGAAAAUGAACUUGUAAAAUUAAUAUUUUAAAGAAUCACGUUCAGAUUCGUGGGACCAUGAAAACCGAAAAAUAAAUCAUUCCAAAAUUGUGAUGAAGAAAAAAUGUUGUGAAGAUUUAAGAAAUUAUAUUAAUAAACAAUCAAUUACUAAUUGAGAAUCCAACUCAUGACAAAAGUCAGACUAUUUACAUUAAUGGCAAGAAGUUGCAAAAAAAACAGGACUGGACCCCUAAAUUUGAAAAAAGGGGACCAACAACAAAGACAUUGUGCGUGGGACUUGUUAAAGGUCUGUGUUAUAAUUAUCCCCCCCCCUAAAUCUGCUUCUUAAUAAACUUGUUAAAUUGUUUUUUGCAGUGGCAGAUCCAGAGGGGGUUUACAGGGGUUGGAAUCCCCUUCCUCUUUUGAAGAUCAAAGCUUUUGAAGGGGGAUAUUUGGUUGGAACACCCCCCUUAUGUCAUGGGUUUGAACCCUGCUUCUAGAAAUGAUCCUCCCCAGAUUGCUUUACCAUGUGCUGAUAUACUCUGUUAACAAACCAAAUCUGUAAAAAUAAUAAGUUCUAAUUCGCCGUUUCAGAAUCUAAUGCAUCCUGGGUAAUAUUUUCGAAAGCGUACACCAAAGCGUUUUUAUUGGUUAAGAACGUUAUAAACUAUGGAAAUUCAUCCAAUGACAUCACAUUAUUUUCACUUUGGGGUAUGAACAAUGAAAUUACCCAUGAUGCUUUAAAUUCUGAAACGGCCAAUUAGCUUGAAACAUUUUUGUGGCAAGGUCAUUAGGUCAGACAGAUUGUGAUGGCUAUUAUUUGCUUAAGUGACUGACAAUGUGAAUGUGAUUAUAUUAUUAUGAUUAUGCAAAAUGUACUCUGCUUUGAGUAGUGUUUCUUUUAUAUGAAUAUUUAAAUUUUAUCAAAAUGUUUGUGAAAACUGUGCAAAUAAAUGAGGAAAUUCUG